GUCGGAAGGGAAGAAUAUUGCGAGCUCCUUUCACCCGCUCCAAGGGUUUCUGCUCCUCGGAUCUGAGAUCGCCUCGAGUAUAUCUCUGUCGCACCUCCUGGAUUAAGGAGACGGGAGUCCUCUUCACCCGGAUGCUCUCCUCGCGGUUGCUCUAAUUGAUUCCUGACCGAUCUCAGUGACUAGGGUUUCUGCUCCUCGGAUCUGAGAUCUCUUCGAGCAUAUCUUCGGCGCACCUCCUGGAUAAAGGAGAUGGGCAUCCUCUUUACUCGGAUGCUCUCCUCGAUCUUCGGCAACCGCGAGGCGCGGAUCCUUGUUCUAGGCCUCGACAAUGCCGGGAAAACCACCAUCCUCUAUCGGCUUCAGAUGGGCGAGGUUGUUUCUACGAUACCAACGAUUGGAUUUAAUGUAGAAACCGUGCAAUACAACAAUAUCAAGUUGCAAGUCUGGGAUUUGGGUGGACAGACAAGUAUCAGACCAUAUUGGAGAUGCUACUUUCCAAACACUCAAGCUAUCAUAUAUGUUGUUGAUUCGAGUGACACUGACAGGCUGGUUACAGCUAAGGAUGAAUUCCAUGCUAUCUUAGAGGAGGAAGAGCUAAAAGGUGCCGUUGUCCUUGUGUAUGCUAACAAACAGGAUCUUCCUGGUGCUUUGGACGAUGCUGCAAUAACAGAAGCCUUGGAACUUCACAAGAUAAAAAAUCGGCAGUGGGCUAUCUUCAAAACUUCAGCUAUAAAAGGAGAAGGUCUAUUCGAGGGUUUGGAUUGGCUUAGCAACACUCUGAAAUCUGGCUAACUUUUUGCAAGACCUCGUGGACGCAGUCAGUCAGGCUCAGGUGUAUUCUAAAGGCUGCUUGUAGUUGUAUGUUAACUAAUAUUGAUUUAACAUCUUGUUUCGAUGUUCGCUAGUCGGAGAUAUCAUAGUAGAAAUUUUACAUGCAAAGGGUUGAAGUCAUUGGAGUGCAUUUUUUUUUACCUUAUUUUAUUCUACGAAAUUUUCUUUGGAACCAACAAGAAAUUCAAUUCUUAAGCAAAUUUGAUUGGCUGCAUCAGCCACCUGAAA